AUGAAGCUGUUAAAUGGCUUGAUUAAGACAAUUUCUAACCAAAACUUGAGUAUAAUCUUCGUGGCGCAAGUUAUCUUCCGGUCUGCUAUAUCGCCAUGGGACCCUGGCAUCAGUUAUGUAGAUGGGUUGCGCAGCAACUUAAAUGCCAGCUUCGAAAUCCUCCGAAUCAUAGAGUCCACUAGUUUGUCUGCCGAUGAGAUGUCAAAUUUUGGUGAUCGCAAGUGCAAAAAAAGAAACAAGUCAAGGGACUUGCAGUCAAUGUGCUUGAGGGUCAAGGAGAUCUUGGGUGCUGAUGAAAGUGCUAAUCCUGCGGCCACUCAGGCCCCACUGUCACGGAUAAUCGCCUUACCCAAUCCUUCCCUUCCUGUUUAUGAUUGCGCUGUACUUUCCCCGGCAUUGAUUUGGAAUAAUCAAUUGAGCCUCUUCCAACUAGAUGAUCUUGAUUUGACAGAUCGACUUUGUUUAAUUGAAAGUCAGGACCUUCUUGAUGUUCUUUUCGGCCUUCCGCGUCGUCACACAGGCAUGUCAAAACUAAAUUUCCGCAAUCUUCCCGUUGUAAGCGCAUUUGCCACCACCUUGAUUCUUCGAGAUUUUUAUCCGGAGUACAUCCAUCGCCUCCGAGAGAGGCUCAUGGAGGCGUUUCCGGAGUCGCGUUUCGUGGAGCAGGACAGCAGUCGAACAACCCACGAGCCCCCCGACAACCUCCUCGGAAAGGGCUCUGAACCGCGCGUGUUCGUUGUUCACUAUCGCGGGCACAAUCUCCUCGUUCAGUACGCCCCCUUCUUUGUCGUCUACACAUUCCUCCUUUUGUAUGUCUGCCUCUCAGUCAGCAAGAUCGACAUGGUCAAGUCGAAGUUGGGUCUGGCGGUCAGCGCGUGCUUCACGGUUGUCGCGUCGCUCGGGAUGUCGAUGAGUCUGUGUGUCGCCGUCGGUCUCAUGUCUCCUGCUCUUCGGGGAAGGGAAUUCUUCCCCUACCUGGUGGUGCUGAUUGGCUUCGAGAACAUUCUGGUCAUCACCAAGUCCGUCGUCUCCACACCGAUUGACCUGCCUGUCAAACACCGCGUUGCACAGGGCACGUUUUAUGCAUUUCAUGACGCUACUGGUGUUUUCCACCUUCUAGGCCUGGCCAAAGAGGGCUGGCCAAUCACCAAAAACCUGUUCUGUGAGUUCGUGUGCACUGCGCUCGGCUUUCUCACCUUCGAUUCGGCAAUCCAGGAGUUUUGUCUCAUCGCAAUGAUCAGCCUCACCACGGACUUCUUCCUUCAAAUGUUCUUCUUCGUCACCGUCCUCGCCAUCGACAUUCGACGCAUGGAGCUCUCGGACCUUCAGCGCCACGUGGAGUUGUCCUCUGCGAGGGUGGAACCGGAAGCACCGCGACACGGUCGCGAGGGCGUCGCGUGCCACGCCGGCGGUGGGCCGGUGGCCUGUCGCUCCGUCUCCGCCACUUGCUCUUCACUCCCGCAAACCGACUGCCACCGACGCGCCAAAUCACCCAACCCCCCGACCAGUCAGACCUUCUCUGGCCACCGGCGUGUUCGUUCUGACGUGUCGGCGGCUGCCUACACGACACUCGGCGCCAAUUCGGGCGGACGUGCUGUGUCGUUGAGGGAGCGCUUUUGGAUGUACGCUGCGAACCGUCGCGUUGUUCAGGACGUCGGAGUAGCGGUGAUACUGGUGUGGCUCGUGGUAUUCCUCUGCUACGCGUUCAUUCCGACCUCGUUGUCUGGCCGAAACGGCGGCUUGGGUGACGGGGCGUCGGCGGCGCACCACCGCAACCGGCUGGCGGACGACCGGCGUGGGGGCGUUUUCCCGUCGCCGGAUUCCAAAGAUGGCUUCGUCGACGAGCAGCUCUACGGCAUGCGCUCCAUCAACCGCCACGGCUUCGAGUUGCGCUGGGACGCGGAGACUCUAUGGCGCCACGUGGCCUUCUCAGCGUGGCCUGCCAUAGCCGAGGUCUACAACUUCUCUCUGGCUGAUCGUCGGCUGGUGGUGUUCGAGCCGAUUCAUGUUGUGCAGCGUGUCCAUCCCAAGCAGGCCAUGCACCUUCGGCCGCCGGCCUACACCCCUUCCAGAUCGGCUGAGGCCUUUCGUGAAGGCGGAUACGCCGAAUCAUCCGGCUUCUCAGCACCGCCAAGUUCAACUGCAGAGGAGCAGGACUUUGAGGGCGACCGAACGUGGUGGUCGCACGUGCUUGCCUUCGGUCACAAGGAGGCCCUAGCGGCACUCGGCCUAUCGUGGAGCGACCUGCUUCUGGACUGGACAGCGCGCUUCUGGUCCACUGCGCAGAUGGUCACAGCCACCCUCCUCGGUGCCAGCUUCUUCUUCACCCUGACCGCGGUCGGCAUGCUGCUCGUGCACAAUUCCAAGCCAAACGCCUGCAGGGAGCCGGUUGUGCGUGUUAUGCAAAUGAGCAUCCCCCUGUACGACAAGGAGCUCUUGAACAACGACUGGAUCCUCGCGUGUGGAGCUCUUGAUGAAAACUGCGGAGAUGCUGCCUUGUUGUGGAACACCAGCGCCACCUUCAACCCGUCUAGCUUGAACAGACGUCGACACAGUGGCGAGUCCGCCAACGGCCUCGUCGCUGCUGCCUUCUGCGGUUUGGGCGGCGACGCCGUGCUCAUUCGAAGCAUCCGUCUGUGGAGUUGCGAAUGCGGCCACCUGGUGUCUACCCUUGAUAGAUUCUCUUCAGACUCCUGUCAGCGCCGGGGUGUGUGUUUGAACAGUCAGGAUCGCUCGCGUCGCUACAGCGCCGUCUGGUCCAUGAAGAUGCUCCCCUCCACCGGACACCUCGUUGUUGGCUGCUCCAACGCCACUAUUGAGGUAGGCUCUUCUCGGUUCCCUCAGGCUUAUGACCUUAUUUGCACAGAUUUUCUUCUGCAAAUUUAUUGA